AUGACCCCCCUCGUUCCCAUCGCCCUUCUCAUCCUCACCUCCUACCUCAUAUAUCACCAUGUCAUAAACCCCUACCUCCUCUCUCCGCUAUCUUCCAUCCCCAAUGGCCAUCUCACAUCUCCACUCUCCAGCCGCUGGAUCGACCGCAAGCGCAGCACAGGCACGGAAGUCCUCACCAUCUACGCCCUGCACCAAAAACACGGCCCCAUCGUUCGUCUCGGUCCCAAGGAGUUGAGUGUCAACUCCCUCCAUGGCCUGAGAAUAAUAUAUACGGGCGCAUUUGAGAAACAUGCAUUCUACAACGAGGUCUUCGUCAAUUUCAACACCGAAAACCUGGUCGGCAUGACCCACAAUGCCCCACACGCACAUCAGAAGCGCAUGCUGAGCAAGACCUACUCGAAGUCAUUCCUCCAAGAAUCUAGUGAUAUGCGUGGUAUCUCGAAGGUUAUGCUCUGGGAUAGGCUUAUGCCAAUUCUCAAGAAGGCCGGGGAGGGUGGAGAGGUGUUGAAUGUGCUCCCGCUGUUUCAGGCUGUUGGGAUGGACUUUACUUCCUCUUUCUUGUUUGGAUUAAGACAAGGGUCGAGAUAUUUGUUUAAUAUUCCCGAGUGGAAAAUCUGGUUGGAGGAAUAUGAGCGGUUCAAGUAUUUGAGUCGGGAUGACCGGUAUAUGGGAUUCAUUGAGGCGUGGUGCUUGAGUUUCUGUGACCGGGUAGAGGCGUCUAAAAAGCAGGACAUCUUCAGUUAUGAGGAGGAGCUACCAUCCACGAACCCAGUCGUCUAUGACCAACUGUGCCAGAGCCUCCUCACCCAGAAAGAACACGAUCCGCGUCCACUGAACCUAGCAAUUGCGUCCGAGCUGUUGGAUCAUCUGGUUGCAGGUCACGAAACGUCAGGUAUCACCUUCACGUACAUGAUGUGGGAACUGUCUCAGCAUCCGGAGCUUCAGGUUGAGCUGCGGAAGGAACUACUCACCUUAUCUCCGUCUCUCCAAUACCCAGAUACAGACGGAGAUAAGCCCCUUCCGUCUCCCUCCGCGAUCGACUACCUUCCACUGCUGGACGCUAUCGUCCGCGAGACCCUCCGUGUUCACUCCCCAGCUCCAGCCCAACUCCCCCGUGUCACCCCCACCACAGAGAAAGGAACUUCCCUGCACGGGUACGACAACAUUCCGGGCGGCGUGAGGGUCAGUUCAACCGCCUACUCCCUCCACCGCAUUAGCGACGUCUACCCGCGCCCGCUGGAAUGGCUGCCACGACGAUGGCUUGAACCAGGUGAUAAGAUCCAUGACAUGAGGCGGCUGUUCUGGCCGUUCGGGAGCGGUGGACGCAUGUGCCUGGGGAGUAAUUUCGCAUUGCAAGAAAUCAAACUGGUCAUGGCAGCUGUGUAUUCAAAUUACACGACAGUUAUUGUAGAUGACGAGGGAAUCGAGCAGGAUUACGCGUUUAUUUCGCUACCGCGUGGGCGGAAGCUGAUGCUGAGGUUUGUCCCAAUCGAUGAAUAA